UUUCUGCACCGUUUUGGCUGUUGUACAUACACUCUUUUUCCUCCCAUUAUGUAUAAAAUGAGUAGUUACCGUGUAGUAAGGGUGUAGUUCUUGUCGAUAAUUUUGGAAAAUGAAGCCAAAACGCAGCUCGUUUAUCUAAAGUUUAUCAAUAUAUUAGUCCAAUAAAUAGUAAAAAUAACCAAAAUUAGAAGAUAUUGACUGACAAUCGAAUGACUCAGCACAUUAACCGAGAGCAGGAGCCGACGUCGACGCCGCCAGCUGUGCAGCCAACGGCAGCAAUAACAAAAAAAAAGGCAGAGAGAGGAGAGGAGUGUCGCCAUGCGCUUUAACAAGUCGGAGCUGAACGCCUUGGCCACCAGUCCGUCAACCAAGUUCGACAAGGAGGGCCUGCUCAUCGUUACGGAUCGCCAGGAGGGAUUCCUGUGGCGCAGUGAAGUCAGAGUCGAACGCUGGUGCAAGCUGCGCGGCAAUCUGCUGUUUUGCCUAAAGGACAAGGAUCCCAAAUCCCCAGUAUCGGGUGUCCUGGUUCUGGAGAACUGUCGAGCCCGCAUUCAGAAUGAAGACUGCGACCUGGAGGGCUAUAUAUUCGAUUUAGACUUCAAAGACAGCCCAUCGGAGCGUUUCAUCAGCUACUCGUCGGCCGAGCGCCUGGCCUGGGUAAACAGCAUUGAGCAGGCGUCCAACGAGGCGCUGAAUCUGCUGAUCAACCAGCUGAAGGAGCAGAUUGUGGUCAAGAGCAGGCAGCUACCUCUGGCCAUGGGCAAUAAUAUUGAUUUGGGUGUGCCAGUGCCACCCGCAACGAUCCAGCAGCAUCAGCAGCAGGAGACAGCGGGGGACUCUCCUCCCGUGGAAGUAGCACCGCCCUUUGAAGAACUGGACCUCUCGGAGCUGCCCAUCUGCGAGACGGCCUUGUCCUGUGAUAGCCUGCCGGUAGACACCUUCGGGCGUGAUCCCAAUCCGCGUGUUGUCUGCUCGGUGCUGCAGCCAGGGGAGGAUUGCCUCUGGCGCGAGCAUGCCCGCACGGAGCUCCAGGAGGGUACACGCACGCCGCAGUUCCUGGCCACGAUGCGUUUCCAGCGCAGCGCCGGGUUCACUGCCUCCACGCGUCUGCGUUUCAGUGUCCACGAUGUGCGCGAGCGCAUGACGCUGACGUCGGUGCCCCUGGGCCAUGCCGAGGUGGCCCUGGGCGUCAUACAGGACACCACGCGACUGCGUCUGCCCGUGGGUUCGCCGCGUGGCGAAUGCGGCUUCAUUACUCUUGUUUCGUGGUCACCGGAGGCAGCCGUGGAACCGGGCCAAGCGGCGGGCAACGGCUUGGCGCCGCCCCCCCGUUCCAGCACACAACUUUUUGAAACGGCUGCAGGGAGCAGCGGCAGCGGUAGCGGCAGGCGAGCCCAUCGUCGCACUCAAUCGCUGCCACCGAAGCUUGGCGUGCGCCUGUUUGUGCCGCAGCAAUGCGGCCUGCAGAAGGUCUGCGCCAAGCCCCGCUUGCACACAUAUCGAUUGCAUUCCUCGCUCGGAGCGGACAUCAGCGUGCAGGAGACGCUGCUGGAGUCGCGUCUGUGCUGCGUGUUGCCCCAGCAGCUGCUCUCCAUCUGGAUACAGCGCGAGAAGGAGCUGCUGCAGGAGAUCUCGGGCAUGGGCGAGCUGAGCGGUGAGUGGCGCUGGCGCCAGAUGAAUCUGCUCGAAGAGCAUUUGCGCCUGCUCAAGGACUACUCGCAGGCCAAGCAGAAUAUCCAGCAAUUGGCCCGCGAUGGGGUCUUCUUCAAACGGUCGUCGGUGAAGACGGACGAGUCGCUGGAGUUUCUGCCUGUCAAUCUGCACGUGCAACGAAUGUGGGCCCAGAACGACACCCUGCAGCGGCGCGGGUUCCUAGACAUAGUGACUGUGGGCGCCUUCACGCGACACGAUGCCAAGGGUCGACAGUGCGGCGGAUUGAUCAAACUCCUGCAGGAGAGCAAGUCGUGGAAGUUGGAGCAGAGCAAUGCCUGCAAGGUGCAGGCAGCCAACGAUGCCGUCCAAGCCACCAAGCAGCUGCGCAAGGAGAUCGUCGAACUGAUGUCCCAGCUCCUGCAGCUGGCCAGCCGCCGCUGCGUCACCGACAUGAUGCCCCUGUGCGACCAGAUGGUGUCCAAGACCCGCACUUUGCUGAACAUCUGGGAGCCGAGCAUUGUCAAGGAGGCGGUGGACUUUAUCGAACAGCAUCGCAUCAUCGAGGAGCCGGAGAAUGUACUGAUGGAACCAAUGUCCCCAUUCCGAAAGAUAACCCAACAGCUGACGGCCCUGGAAUUGAAGUCCCCAGAGCUGGAGGACUUUGCCACGCCGGUGGUGGCCCCGCCUGAUCUGUGGCCCCGGGGUCAACCGCCGCUGAUGCGCUCCAAUAGCUGGCAUCCGAGCAACAGCUCGCCCUCCAGCUCCCUGGACAUUCGUGCCAUUGACUCGCUGCAGCACGUGGUCAAGUGCUACAACGAGCAUCUGCGUAGCCUAGAGCAGGGCGCGGAUGGACUGCGUACUGAAAAGGAUGCCCUGGCCGAGGCGGAGGCCACAUAUCAGUCGCUGCCACUGGCAUGGCAUGCCCAGCCACAGCCACUUCCACAUCCCCAUCUACAGCCCGAACCGACUCCCAUUCCCGCUGCACUGCAGCUGAUCGAUCUGGAUGAGAUGAGGAGCACAGUCCACAAUCCACAGCCGCCCGCAGGAUUCCUCGACACCAAGCUGAUGAGCUCCUCGCCCUCGGCCAACUAUUACCGGCCCACGGAGGAGCCGGAGCCCCUGGAUCUCACCCAGCUGAACAUCGAGGCGAGUGUGAUGUGCCUGGAGUGCAAGUUGAAGUUCUUCUGUGGCCGUCGCGACAGCCCGGCCAUCCGACUGCGUCAUCCCAAGCCGCCGAUGAAGCGCGAGGGCUUUGCCGUGGCCCCACAGCAGCAGCAGGCGCCGGCACCCGAUGUGAUUUCGGCACCCGAAAAGCCCACACCGCAGAUGGAACUGGACCUUAAGCCCCUGCCAGCAGCAGCAGCAGGAUCCUCAGGUUCGGCUGCCGUCAAGAAGGGCAACAAAUUCACAGACGGAUUGGACCUAUCGCUGACCACAGACUGGGCCGCCGAGCUGCGUCCCAGCAUGCGCAAGCUGCGGCAUGCCAUGGACAGGCUGCUGAAGACGGCCCGCCUGAUGCACUCGGUCCAACGGCUGCAGCAGGAUGUGCGCUGCAAUCGUCUGCAGGCGAGCAUCAUGUAUCGCCGCGAUGUCUGCUUCUCUCAGGCGCUGACGGCUCUGGUUAGCUCUUUGAUGCUGCGCCUUUGGGGCAGCGAGCUGGACAUGGCCUAUCUGGUGAUGCUCAGGGAUCUGGGGCCGCUGGCCUACUUUGAGGGCCUGUUGACGCUCUUCGGCAACGAGGCGGACAUGUGGAGCGACAUGUGCAUUGCCAUUGAGGAUCUGUCGGCCGUCAGCUUUCAGCUGGUGCGCGCUCAGGGCGAGGCCACGCUGGCGCCGAUGCCACGCAUCACAGGAUCGCGUCAGGCUCUGGAAGUGCAGCUGCCAGUGCCAGAGCACUCGCUGCCCGGCAACGGCACCUCCAUUUCGUUCAAGAUCACGCCCGUAUUCUUCAACAUCGGCAUCAAUGGCAAGGCCACCUAUGCCGAGACGGUGGGCCAGACCCGGGAGCAACAUCGCUCCAAUUGGGACAACUAUCUGAGGCUCAGCCAGUACUACGGGCGGUAUCGCAAGCUGGGCCUAGGCUCUGUGGACGCUGGCGAGUCGCUGCAGUCACUCCUGGGCUUCAUGGAGCAGCAGCUCCGCGCGAAUCUCUCCAAGAAUGUAAAGAUUCUCCAUUUGGCCGAGGAUGCCUGCCGUCUGAUGGAUGGCCUGCGUUUCACCUCCUGCAAGAGUGCCAAGGAUCGAACCGGGAUGGCCGUCACCCUGGAGCAGUGUCGAGUGCUGGUACGUGAAUUUCAGCUGCCGGCCAAGCACGUGCCGUACGCCCUGAGCACCAUGAGAAGCGAGGGCACACGAAUGGACAACGUCCUGAAGAAUAUUGGCACACGCAAGUAUGCCUUCCAUUGGACGCAGGUGCCCUUUCUGCCGGCCAUGUAUAGGCCGCCAGUUGGCAGCUAUGGCAAGGCUCAGACCUAGUCCACUGGAACUGGACAGACGCCAACGUAUAGAAAAAACUGUGCCAAAAAAAUCGAAAAAAAAAAUUUAACCGACAAUUAACAAAACCAAUUCUUGAAAAGGAAACUAAUUAAAUUAUCACAUUCGACAGACAAUUGUUAAACGCAUCACACGAUUCCCCCCUUACGCCUUAACCAAUACCCCCAGUCGACGUAUUUAUUUAGAAUCUAGAAUCCCAAUCCCCCACGUAGUUGGUAGACGCGAAAAGAAGGGAAGGCAACCGUGUACUUUAUCGACUCAUGUACUUCCAGUAAAUAAAAGAAAGCGAACUUGUUAACAAAUAUAACACUUAAAAAAA